GAGGGGGAAAUGAUAGCUCAAGCUCUCUCCUCGGGGGCUCGCGACUCUGACACUGGUUGAGUUCGAGAAUACACGUGUCUUAAGUGUCCUGGAAGGAGACGUGUUUUUGCUGAGGUGCCGCUUGCAAGCGUUCCAAGUGUUGCAUUCCGGAGCGAAAGCAAACGACUCCUCUAAUUCAUUGUGCAACAUCUUCCCAGCAAGACGUCCUUUCGGCUCGCAAUUUCUCUUGCCUGCCUUAACCAAAGCUUGGCGCCCUGCCUCUGUUCUCGCUCUCCCCCACCUUCAGCUCUGCAGCGGCGGCGGCGGCUCUCGGUCUACGGCUGCAGCGUCGCGCAGGCUGUGGAAGGAGGAGGAGGAGGAAAUCAAAGAGAGGCUUUUACCGGGCCUGCGCCCCACAACCAGGACAGUCCUUGCGCCUCAAGCCGCGUUUCUUCCUGCAAAGCCCUUCAGGCGUCAGGCGGAGCUCUCGGGUUGCCCAAUCCAGUUCCUCCCUUUGCAGUUUUAAACCUCUUCCCUUCUAUAGUUCUGUCCUUUUCUUCUCUUUCUCUCUCUCUCUCUGUCUGGAGCCCUCCUGCCCAGGCCCAGCUCCGCUUGUGUGCCAAACAACAUCCGAAGCGCCUUUGCCAACUGCGGGGGAUCGCUUCAGUCUUUCUGAAGUUAGUUUCUGCGGCUGCCUACAAGAGUGGAAAAGUCUGGGCAGUGAAGAUGAGCCAUGGUAAGCACACCCGGGUACUUCUUCUCAACGACAUGGAGAAGCUGGACAAAACCCUGUUCCGGCUCGAACAAGGUUAUGAGCUGCAAUUCCGCUUGGGCCCUACUUUGCAAGGCAAGCAUGUUACAGUGUCUACAAACUACCCAGCUCCUGGAGAAUUGUUUGAUCGCCACAAGUUCAGAUGCUUAACUUGGCACAACCCAACAGGAAAAGAAGAUGAUUCUGACAAAUAUUGUAAAUUAGACCUCCAGAUUUCUGGAUCAUACCAAUAUUACUUCACUCAUGAGAAUCAGAAAGGCGGUGGAGGUUAUCUAGUUGUUGAUCCUAUUUUACGUGUUGGUGCUGACAAUCAAGUCUUGCCCUUGGAUUGUGUUACACUCCAGACAUUCCUAGCCAAGUGUCUGGGACCAUUUGAUGGAUGGGAAGAUCGUCUUAAAGUUGCAAAAGAAUCUGGUUAUAACAUGAUUCACCUAACCCCAGUGCAGAAACUUGGUCUGUCUAGAUCAUGUUACUCGUUGGCUGAUCAGCUGGAAGUUAAUCCUGACUUUUCAUCUUCCAGCAAAAAAUGUUCUUGGAAUGAAAUCGGAAAACUAGUGGAAAAAAUGAAAAAUGAAUGGAAUAUGCUUUGCAUUACAGAUGUAGUCUACAAUCACACUGCUGCAAACAGUGAAUGGGUGACUCAGCAUCCUGAGUGCGGAUACAACCUUAUAAACUCCCCUCACUUGAAACCAGCCUGGCUUUUGGACCGAGCUCUUUGGCAUUUCACCUGUAAAGUGGCUGGGGGCAAAUACAGUGACAAAGGACUGCCACCACUUAUUGAAAAUGACCAACAAUUGAAUUGUAUCCGUAAAAUCUUUUGGGAGGAUAUUUUUUCCAAGAUAAAAUUAUGGGAAUUCUUCCAAGUUGAUGUUAACAAAGCAGUACAGCAAUUUAAAACUCUUUUAACUAAAGGUAGCUCAAAGGUUAAAACCGAUCCCAACCAACAUCUUGCAAUUAUUCAAGAUCCUGAAUUUAGGAGGCUUGGCUGCACUGUAGACAUGAAUGUAGCACUGAAUACCUUCAUACCACACAGCAAUGGACCAGCUGCAAUAGAAGAGUGUUGCAACUGGUUCCGCAAAAGAGUUGAAGAGCUAAAUGAUGAAAAGUUCCGACAAACAAAUUACCAUCAUGAGCAGGCUAUCAACUGUGUUUUGGCAACAGUGAGCUACGAACGACUGGCUGAUCAUGGUCCUAAGCUUGGUGCUAUAACCAGAAAAUAUCCAUUGGUUACAGGGUACUUUACUUACCCAUUUAAAGAACUAACCCUGGAUGAGGAGGAAGUUAUGAUGCAUCAGCCUGACAAAGCAAGUUAUUUUAUGGCCUUUAAUGGUUGGGUGAUGGGAGAUGAUCCUCUGAAAAAUUUUGCUGAACCAGGCUCAAAUGUCUACCUUAGAAGAGAACUUAUUUGCUGGGGUGAUAGUGUCAAGCUGCGCUAUGGGAAUAAACCAGAAGACUGCCCGUAUCUAUGGGCUCACAUGAAAAAAUAUACUGAAAUUACUGCCAAAUAUUUCCAUGGAGUGCGUCUUGACAAUUGCCACUCCACUCCUCUUCAUGUGGCUGAGGAAAUGCUGGCAGCAGCCAGGUCGGUCAGACCUAAUCUAUAUGUGAUAGCUGAACUCUUCACUGGCAGCGAGGUCAUUGACAAUGUCUUUGUCAACCGCCUAGGAAUUACCAGUCUGAUUAGAGAAGCAAUGAGUGCCUACAAUAGCCAUGAGGAGGGCAGGUUAGUCUACCGCUUUGGUGGAGAACCUGUUGGAUCUUUCGUCCAACCACGUUUGAGGCCUUUAACACCUGCUAUCGCACAUGCACUCUUCAUGGACAUAACACAUGAUAAUGAAUGUCCGAUUCAGCAUCGAUCUGCUUAUGAUGCCCUUCCCAGCUCAACAAUCGUUUCCAUGGCCUGCUGUGCUACAGGAAGCACUAGAGGGUACGAUGAACUAGUGCCACAUCAGAUAUCCGUGGUCUCUGAAGAAAGAUUUUAUGCAAAGUGGAAUCCAGCAGCAACACAGUUAAAACCUGGUGAAGUUAAUUUCAAGACUGGAAUUAUAGCGGGAAGGCUAGCUAUGAACAGAUUACACCAAGAGCUGGGAGCUAAAGGUUUUAAUCAGGUGUUUGUAGACCAAGUUGAUGAAGAUAUUGUGGCUGUGACCAGACAUUGCCCUAAUACACACCAGUCUGUUGUGGCUGUUUCUCGAACAGCUUUCAGAAACCCUAAGACUUCCUUCUAUAGUCAAGACGUUCCCCAAAUGUGUAUUCCAGGCAAAAUUGAAGAAGUAGUUCUUGAAGCUAGGACUUUUGAGAGAAGUGCAGAUCCUUAUAAAAAGGAUGAGCAUACAAUCAAUGGGUUGCCUGAGUAUACAGUUGAACUCCGAGAACACAUACAGCUCAAGGAAAGUAAAAUAAUAAAACAAGCUUCAAUUGCCACAAAAGGUCCUAAUGAAUUUGUUCAGGAAAUAGAAUUUGAAAAGCUUACGCCAGGGAGCGUGAUCAUAUUUAGAGUUAGCCUUGAUCCAAAGGCACAAGAUGCUGUAGGAGUACUUCGUAAUCAUCUAAUCCAGUUCAGUCCUCACUUUAAAUCUGGAAGUCUGCCCGAUGAUGGUUCAGAAGCUAUACUGAAAACCCCCUUUUCGGUUAUUGCAUCAAAAUUAACAUUGGCAGACCUAAAUCAACUACUGUAUCGUUGUGAUGCAGAAGAACAAGAAGAUGGUGGAGGAUGUUACGACAUACCAAACUGGACACCUCUUAAAUAUGCAGGCCUUCAAGGAAUAAUGUCAGUGAUGGCAGAAAUACGACCAAAUAAUGACUUGGGCCAUCCUUUCUGUGGUAAUUUGAGAGCUGGAGAUUGGAUGAUUGACUAUGUGAGCAAUCGCUUAAUUUCUCGUGCUGGAACUUGCUCUGAUGUUGGGAAGUGGCUGAAAGCAAUGUUUAUCUACUUGAAGCGGGUCCCUCGUUAUCUCAUUCCAUGUUAUUUUGAUGCCAUAUUAGUGGGUGCAUAUACUACACUUCUUGACUUGGUUUGGAAACAGAUGUCCAGCUUUGUUCAGAAUGGUUCAACGUUUGUUAAACAUCUUUCCUUGGGCUCAGUCCAGAUGUGUGGAAUAGGAAAAUAUCCAACUUUGCCACCUCUGUCUCCUGCCUUAAAGGAUGUUCCUUAUAGGCUGAAUGAAAUUACGGGAGAAAAAGAACAAUGCUGCGUUUCUUUAGCAGCCGGUUUACCUCAUUUCUCAUCUGGCAUUUUCCGUUGCUGGGGAAGAGACACUUUUAUUGCACUGAGAGGGCUGAUGUUAGUUACUGGACGCUACUUAGAAGCAAGGAACAUAAUAUUAGCAUUUGCCGGCACCCUAAGGCAUGGUCUCAUUCCCAAUCUGCUUGGCCAAGGUACUCAUGCCAGGUACAAUUGUCGUGAUGCUGUGUGGUGGUGGCUUCAGUGUGUACAAGAUUAUUGUAAAACCGUUCCAAAUGGCACAGACAUUCUCAACUGUCCAAUAUCUAGAAUAUAUCCUACUGAUGAUUCUCUACCUCAGCCAGAAGGCAAAAUGGAUCAGCCAUUAUAUGAAGUGAUACAGGAAGCAAUGCAAAAGCACGCCCAAGGCAUAGAUUUCCGAGAGAGGAAUGCUGGCCCACAAAUAGAUCGAAAUAUGAGAGAUGAAGGCUUUAAUGUAACUGCAGGAGUGGACAUGGAAACAGGCUUUGUCUUUGGAGGGAACCGUUUUAAUUGUGGUACCUGGAUGGAUAAAAUGGGAGAGAGUGAUAAAGCUCGCAACAAAGGAAUUCCAGCAACUCCAAGAGAUGGUUCUGCUGUGGAAAUUGUUGGUCUAUGCAAAUCAACAAUUCGCUGGUUACAGGAAUUGUCGGUGAAGAAGAUAUUUCCAUAUCCUGGAGUUACUGUGAAAAGACAUGGGAAAGAUGAGACCUUUACAUAUGAUCAGUGGAAUAGAAAAAUCCAAGCCCAUUUCGAAAAGCUGUUUUUUGUCUCUGAAGACCCAAAUGAUCCCAACGAGACACAUCCAACUCUGGUUCAUAAGCGGGGCAUAUACAAAGACAGCUAUGGAGCAUCAAGUCCUUGGUGUGAUUAUCAGCUGAGGCCAAAUUUCCCUAUAGCAAUGGUUGUGGCACCUGAAUUGUUCUCUCCUGAGCAUGCUUGGAAAGCACUUGAAAUGUUAGAGAAAAAAUUACUUGGUCCACUUGGGAUGAAAACUUUAGACCCAGAUGAUAUGGUUUAUUGUGGUGUUUACGAUAAUGCCUUAGACAAUGAUAAUUAUAAUGUGUCUAAAGGAUUCAAUUACCAUCAAGGACCUGAAUGGCUUUGGCCAAUUGGAUAUUUCCUUCGGGCCAAGCUAUACUUCUCCAAGUUCAUUGGUCCAGAGAUCUAUGCAAAGACUGUGUUUUUGAUUAAGAAUGUUCUUUCUCGCCAUUAUGUUCAUCUUGAGAGGUCUCCUUGGAAAGGACUUCCAGAAUUGACUAAUGAAAAUGGUCAAUAUUGUCCCUUCAGCUGUGAAACUCAGGCUUGGUCAAUUGCUGUGGUCCUUGAGGUUCUCUACGAUUUGUAACAGUAGUUGUCUAUCUUACAAAAUUGCUAGCUUUUGUCUGGAAUGCAAAUAACAAUGCUUGUCUUAUUGUUAAAAAUCCUACUGAUAGAAGUUGUUAAUGCCUAUUGUUCCUUGGCAAUUGUAGGACUUUGUGAGUGUUCAUCAUUUGAGAAUCACACCGUAAUUUUUAAAAUCAAUGAGCGUAUCUUAAAAUUAAUAUGCUCAAUACGUAUACGAAAUAUAAAAGCAUAGAAAAUUAGACUUUGAUAUGUUUCAAACACCACGUAUCUUCUCUUUCCACAUGUUCUAUUUCAGAAAUCGAUUAGAAUGCUAGCCCCAAUUUAAGGUACUUCUAUAUAAGUAGUCCUCGACUUAUGAUCAAUUGCUUAGUUCCAAUGAACUUACUUGGGGGAUCCUGAUUCACAGUUCUGACAGUGGGCCCCGCCACAGUUAUGUGACUGCACUUCAGGCCCUUGGCAAGUGGGCUGCAUUUAUAGCAGUUUGCAGUGUCCCGCAGUCCAUGUUUUACUAUGUUUUUGCCAAAAAUUGGCAUUUACUUUCACUUUUCAGAAAAAUUGCACCCAUAGCAAACCAUUGCUUCUUUAACAACCAUGUGUUUCCUUAACAACCACUGCAAAAAAGGCUGUAAAAUCAACCUUUUCUUUAUUUUGUGAGUUAUGACCAUGAUGAGCAGUCUCCAUCACAGUUGUAAUUUGAGUACCACCUGAAUUUUACAUUUAAGAGCCUUAGAAGCAUAGUACAUCAGACCAGUGGUCCCAUAUUCCAUUCCCCAGUAGCUAAUGCUAUAGAAAUAAUAUCCCCCUGCUAAGCAGGACAUGAAUACAAGAGUUCUCUCCCGUUCAGUGUUACUUGGGACGGGAUCCAGAGAAGCCUAUUACCUCCGUCACUUAAAGUGCUGGUUAGAAUGGCUAGUCACUAUUAACAACCUUAAUCCUUGAUGAAUUAGUCAAAGCCCUUUCAAAAGAAACUUGCCAAAACUAUACCUUGUGUUAGCAAAUUCCAAAUGCUGUUUGAAUAAUUAUCUACUGUAAUAUCCUACCAUUUAGCUGACCCUAGAUUCUAGUAUUUUGAGAGUAAGAGGGAGGAAUCUCUCCCACUCUAUCCAUAAAAAUGUUAAUAUGUCUUUAACCUUUGCCCCCUCCCUUUCUUACCUUAUUGUAAAAACUUAAUAAGAUAUCUUUCCUUCUACUUUUUUUACAAUAGGGCAUAAUUAAUUUGGAGCUAGACUUUAGUUUUCUGUGGCUUAUAUGCUCCAUAUGGGAGUCCUUGCACUGCUCAUUCAGAAUCAUUGAAAAUCUCAAAGCAUACCCAGUGGAGAAGGGUACUUUAAUUUAACAUACAAUGAAUGCCUAUAAAAACACACUUUGCUUUGAAGCAUGUAAUUGUUUGUCCAUGCUGUACAAUAAAAUACUAAGCUUACUCAGGUUAUAUAUAAUGUAGGAGUAAAAGAGUCUCAUGUACUAAGUUUGCAUUUGCCAACUUUUGAAAGUUGUAAACUAAUUACUGUAUUUAGAAUCUAAUUUAUUGUAUAUAUAUAUACAACUGAAAUGAAUCAGGAUUGAGGGGAAAAAUAAAUUGCCCGUAAGACAAAGAGCUUUCUGCAGAAGUCUUGAAAGGAGCCAUUUUUUAAAAAAUGACUUUCAAGUAGUGUUCAGAUUGCUCACCGCUUGCACAGGCACUCCCACCAAAAUUGCUACAUCGCGGCUGUCCACAACUGUGGAUCUCCUUCAGUGUGGGCCUACUAUAAUUAUGUGAAAGGAGAACCUAGUGAAUUGGGUUCAUCUGCAUAUAAGGCUUGCCACUCUGAAAAUAUUUCAAGAAGCUAUUUAUAGGCCUCCCAACUUGACGGUUGUUUGUGCAUUAGCCCUUAGUGGAACUUAUAGGAAAGCAAUUGCUUUUUAGCAGAAGGUUGGAAGAGAUUCCAGCCCUCAAUUUAAGUCAAUUUGUUCUAAGUACUUUAAAUUAAGGCUUAGUGAAAUCAUCUGGAACUCAAUAGCCAGAGCUCAUCUGUGCCAUAAUUUCAGUGCAAUUACUCAGCAAAGGCCAGAUUAGGCUAUGAUGUUACUUUCUGUUGCAAGAGGAAAUAGCAAGUUUUAGCUUAGUGAGAUGACAAUGGCAAAAACCACUGCUUUGAUAAUGCAUAAAUAUAACACAAUUUAAUAAUACUCCAUUUCAGCACUGUUGCUACUAUGUUUAUUAGUAGGGCUACCAGAGGUGGGUUUCAGCAGGUUCUGACCAGUUCUGUAGAACCGGUAGCAGAAAUUUUGAGUAGUUCAGAGAACCGGUAGUAAAAAUUCUGACUGACCCCACCCCCAUCUAUUCUCUGCCUCCCAAAUCCCAGCUGAUCGGAAGAAAAUGGGGAUUUUGCAGUAACCUUCCCCUGGAGUGGGGUGGGAAUGGAGAUUUUACAGUAUCCUUCCCCUGCCAUGCCCACCCAGCCACCCGACCCAGCCACGCCACACCCACCGAGCCAUACCCACAGAACCGGUAGUAAAAAAAUUUGAAACCCACCACUGAGGGCUACCAUAUCUAGGCUUCAAAAAUCCAUCUGACCACUAGAGGGCAGCAAAAAGAUACAAAAAAGUGACACUCUGCUGCCAUCUCGCAGUCAUCAAUAGUUUAGCUUUGCUACGGUUGCCCUUAAAAUGAUAGCUGGAGUCUUAAGGGCAUGUGGUGGUAAAAGAAGCCAAUAAACAGGUUAGAGAUCCUGCUGAGCUGCUGUGUAUAUUGCCUUUUAAAACUUACGUUUGCAUUCGUUCUUUCAUACUAUGAAUAAUUUAAGAAUACUUAAUGGUUGACCCUUGCACUACUUCAUUUAAUAAACAUCACUGUCAGUGAAUCUCAUCUAAUAACUAGAAAGUUUUCCAUUAAUAAAAGAUUAAUUCUAUUAUAACAUCUCAACUUUUGACAUUCCUAUCCAUUUUCAGACAUAAAAAUGAAUGUCUAAUUAAAAUUCUAUGUAUUUGGUUAGGGCUUCAAAAAUUUCUAUUAGGAAAAUAGAUACAGACUGAUUUAUUUCUGAAAACUACAUUUGAAGAUAUAUAAAUAAGAAUUUUAAAAAAUUGUCAAUUUUACCUGUCUAAUAUAUCUCUUGGGACUAGGAUGCAUAUUAUUAAAAACAAAUUGAGGUGAUCCUGAACUCAGUGAGCUAGAAGCAUACAGUAUCAACUCUACUGAUUUCCGAGUUGGCAUUUACAAAGUUUUUAUGUUACCUACGUGGAAAUCAGGUAUGAUUCUAUUUGCGACAACUUAUUUGGUAGAUAAUAAUAUUUAGAUGUUAAUAGCAAAGCCAACUGGGCAACUGUCUUUAGGAUAGUUCUAUUCUAUCAUAUUGCCUAUCAGUGCUCAGUAUUAGCAGUUAUUAGAUUUGAUCCAUAUAUGUUUGAAGAAAAUCUAAUUAGGUUCAAAAGUAAAGAUUUCUGAAUUGAAUAUAUUUUAGUAUUGAAGCUGUAGUAUCAGACUGGUGGAGCCCAGCAGAAAAUGGAUGUGGGAAAUUCUGGGACUUGAAAUCCACAGGUCUUAAAGUUGCCAAAAUUGAACACCCCUGUUCUAAAACUAUCAAAACAAUAAUAAUAAAAAAGUCUAACAUUGAGUUUUCUUUCCAGACUUUGAAAACACAGUUUCUUCCAGUGCCAAAUUUACUUUGGAUUGUCUGUCCAGAUAAUUUAAUUUAAUUUAAUUAUAAAAUAAAUAAAUAAUUUGGACUUUUACUGAGAAAACUUCAGAACUGUAUGUGUACUAGACAAUAUGUCAAGCUUCAGAGAAAUCAGGAGAUCCAGGCAGUUCAAAUGAAUAUGAAGAUUUAUUGCAAGCUUAAGCUCUCUACAAGAAUCUGAACUACUAGUGGUAGAUAAGAGUCAUAGGAAUUCAAGAUUGGCUGGAUUUAGAUCUCUUGUAGAUGCAAAGGGACUCAUGACUGAUGACACAUUUGACACCCCCCCCACCCUCAGGCUCAGCCUGGUCAUCUCCUACACAAUAUUCUUCAUAGCUUGGCAUUUUAGAGAAACUUGAGGAUAGAGGAGUGACUUGAUACAAGUUCUUCCAUUCUGAUAAAAUUAUAAAUUUCACAGUCUUGCCUGGAUACGGUAUACAUUUCUCAAGUUAUUUUGGUAGAAUAAUGUUAAAAAAACGUUUAAAUCUAUAUCAACGAUGUGUCUGUAUUCAAAUGGUAUACAGUAUAUAAAGGAUUUAAAUUUUAAAAUUAGGCAACUAUUUCAAGAAUAACAGCUGUGUUUGUAAAAAAUGAAUAUUGUACUUGCAAAAAUUAUAAAAUUGCAUUUCACUGUUCCUUCAUUAUAGCCUAAAACGAAUUAGAAAGAAAAAGAAAGUUUCAGAUUAAAAUUUCCAUUCUAGCACCUAAGCAAUAGACAUGUAACUAAAAUUUAGUUGGCAAAAUAAUUGGCAGAGUUCUAUUGUACACUACCGUGUUUCAUGAAACUUUGGUUGGCAGAUCAAACAAACCGUUGCACAAUUUUUUCCCAGUCUAUUCCAUGCCGCAAAUCCUAGCCAUCAGCAUUUUGUUCUCUUUCAACCAGGGAGCAAAGCCAUCUGGAUAGCACAUCUGUACAUCUUGUUUGCUGCUUCUCAGUUCAAACUAAUUUGUAAUGUUCACUUCAUUAGUGCUUAUCAGCCCCGAAAACAAUGCAGAAGGGAAUAAUGGAAUGGUGCUCGUUUCAUAGGAAGUAUAAUUGUUGCACACAUGAGUCCUGAGUGUCUGUCUGCUACAGGUACUUUUGUUAUAUUGACUACUAUGCAGCUAUAUAUGAGUGGCAUUCAAUAAAAAUCUAACAAUGA